AUGCUUCGGUCUCCCGUGGGGCUCAUGGCCCCUGGGAUGGCCAUUCACAGGCAUACAGUGGUGCCAUUGACGCUGGGAUCGAGAGCCGUGCGUGUGUUGGCCCAUGCGCCCCGCCGCGCCGUGCCCAGCAGCAGCGGCAGCAGCCGCCCGUGCCGCGCUCAGCACGUCGCGCUGGCAUGCGGCGGCGAGGACGGCCCCAGCAGCAACGGCGGCGACACCGGCGGCGCCGGCGGCGCCGGCAACCCAUUUGACGACGCUGAGGCCGUAGGGCCCCUGCGGCCAGACGCCGCCGCCAGCAAGGCGGGCGCAUGGCUUGCGACCGCCGCCAAACUCGCGGGCGGUGUCGUGCUUUUUGCAGCGGCCGCCGCGCUGCAGCCGCGCGCCUCUCACGCCGCCGCGGCCCCGCCCGCCGCUGACAGCCGCCUGCUCUCGAACGAGCAGGCCAGCACCAGCGGCGGCGGGCCCGCCCCGGCCUCGCAGCAACAGCAGCAGCAGCAGCAGCGGCGCCGCGCGGGCGGGUGGCGGCGCAGCGGCGGCGCCAACCCCGCCGCAGACUUGGCCGCUUCGGCGGUGGAUGAGGUGUACGUGGGGCCCGGCGCGGGCGGCGGCAGCAAGGCAACCGGGAAGGGGGCGCAGGUCAAGGGCGGCGGCGGCCAGGCCAGCCCGCUGCCGGCCCCGAAGGAUAUGGAGAGGAUUAUCAGCGGCGGCAUGAAGAGCAGCAGCGCCUUGACUGACCCAGACCUGCAGGCACUGAUCGGCCGCAAAAAAGCGGAGCACUAUCGCCGCACCCGCCAGGCCCCUGGCAGCGACAAGGCGCGCUGGGGGUGUUACAACGGGGCGGGGGAUGACUGGAAUCAUGCCUACGAGGCGUCCCUCCAGUCCAAGCUGGGGGUGCCCCUGGACUUUGACGACCUGAUGACGUCACAGGUCUACGCGCCGCAGGACGUGCCCGGGCGGUGA